AUGUCUCAGUGGAGUCAAGUCCAGCAGUUGGAAAUAAAGUUUUUGGAGCAGGUAGACCAGUUCUAUGAUGAUAACUUUCCCAUGGAAGUCCGACAUCUACUAGCACAGUGGAUAGAAAGCCAAGAUUGGGAGGUCGCUUCCAACAAUGAACCAAUGGCAACAAUCCUCUUACAGAACUUGUUAAUACAAUUGGAUGAACAGUUAGACCGUGUUUCUCAAGAAAAGAACCUCCUGUUGAUACACAACCUGAAAAGAAUCAGGAAACUUCUUCAGGGAAAAUAUCAUGGUAAUCCUAUGCACAUAGCAGUUAUUAUUUCAAACUGCUUAAGAGAAGAGAGAAGGAUAUUGGCUGCAGCCAGCAUGCCUGUACAGGGACCACUGGAAAAACAAUUGCAGAAUUCCAUAGUUUCAGAAAGACAAAGAAGUGUGGAGCACAAAGUGUCAGCCAUUAAGAACAGUGCCCAGAUGACAGAACAAGAUGUCAAAUACUUAGAAGAUUUGCAAGAGGAGUUUGACUUCAGGUAUAAAACAAUACAGAGCCUAGAGCAGGGUGACAAAAACAGCGUCCUGAUGAAACAGGAAAUGAUGAUGUUGCAGGAAAUGCUCAAUACCUUAGACUACAAAAGAAAGGAAGUCCUUAGCAAAAUGGCACAAGUAAUAAAUGAAAGUGAUGUCUUGAUGAACAACAUGCUGCUUGAAGAGCUUCUAGAUUGGAAGAGGCGCCAGCAAAUUGCCUGCAUUGGAGGUCCUCUACAUAGUGGGCUUGAUCAGCUCCAGAACUGUUUUACACUGCUGGCAGAGAGCCUAUUUCAAGUAAGAAGGCAACUGGAAAAAUUGGAUGAGCUGUUGACUAAACUGACUUAUGACGGAGAUCCUAUUCUACUGCAAAGGCCUCACCUGUUGGAAAGAGUCAACUUCUUGCUCUACCAUCUUUUCCGAAGUUCAUUUGUGAUUGAAAGGCAGCCCUGCAUGCCCACCCAUCCCCAGAGGCCAAUGGUACUUAAAACCUUAAUACAGUUCACUGUUAAACUAAGGCUGCUAAUUAAAUUGCCAGAGCUGAACUACCAGAUCAGAGUGAAAGCAACUAUUGACAAGAAUGUGUCAACUGUAAGUAAUCGCAGAUUUGUUCUAUGUGGCACUCAUGUCAAAGCUAUGAAUAUGGAUGAAUCUGCAAAUGGAAGUCUGUCUGUAGAAUUUAGACAUUUGCAACCCAAAGAAAUGAAAUCAAGUGCUGGAAGCAAAGGAAAUGAGGGCCCUCAGAUGGUAACUGAAGAGCUGCACUCCAUCAGCUUUGAAACACAGGUCUCCCUGUAUGGUCUGACUAUGGAUUUGGAGACAAGCUCUUUGCCUGUAGUGAUGAUUUCCAAUGUCAGUCAGCUACCUAAUGCUUGGGCUUCUAUUAUUUGGUACAACUUGUUGUCAAAGGAUUCUCAGAACCUGGCUUUCUUUAACAAUCCCCCCACUGCCACUCUGAGUCAACUCUUAGAAGUACUGAGCUGGCAGUUUUCAUCUUAUGUUGGUCGUGGACUCAAUUCUGAGCAGCUCAAUAUGCUGGCAGAGAAACUUAUGGGGCAACAGAUUAGUUACAAUGAUUAUCAACUGUCCUGGGCAAAGUUCUGCAAGGAACAUUUAUCUGGAAAGUCAUUUACCUUUUGGGUAUGGCUCGAAGCAAUACUGGACCUAAUUAAAAAACACAUUCUUCCUCUUUGGAUUGACGGGUAUAUAAUGGGAUUUGUGAGCAAGGAGAAGGAACGAGUUUUGCUCAGGGACAAAAUGCCUGGAACAUUUUUAUUAAGGUUUAGUGAAAGCAAUCUGGGAGGAAUUACCUUUACCUGGGUGGACCAGUCAGAAAAUGGAGAAGUAAGGUUCCACUCAGUGGAACCCUAUAAUAAAGGUCGUUUAACUGCGCUGCCAUUUGCUGACAUUUUGCGAGAUUACAAAGUUAUUUUGGCAGACAAUGUUCCUGAAAAUCCACUGAAAUAUCUGUAUCCAGAUAUUCCCAAAGAUAAAGCCUUUGGCAAAUACUACAGCUGUCAGCCAAAUGAAGUCUCAAGACCUACAGAAGGAGGGGUCAAAGGUUAUGUGCCUGCUGUAUUUAUCCCAAUCUCCAAAAUCCUGUAUGAUUCCACAGAUCCACAUUCUCCAUCAGAUCUUCUUCCCAUGUCUCCAAGUGUUUAUGCUGUGCUGAGAGAACACCUGAGUCCCACAGUGAUUGAAACUGCUCUGAGUUCUCCAUAUUCAGCUGACUGAAAUUCAGACACCAUGAAGAGCAACAAAGCAGCCAAAAUACUUUAUAAAAUGAAAGUUAAAAAAAAAGAAGUUGUUUCUGCAGCUUUGUAAAUAAGGGUUUCCUGGAAGCCAAUGCCAUGUUCUUCUUGGGCCUAUGUGUACUUUCAAAUGCAUGGAAAUCAGAAGCCUCCCAAGGGAAGUCACUGGAGUUACAAACAUCUGGCAUCAUUUGGGGCCUGCCACUGAAGUCCUCACUCAAGGCAAUAUUACCUCUUAACUCAAUGGGCCAAAUCCUUCCCUGGUGUGCAACUCCAUUGACUUCCGUGGCGUUACACUAGGUAUGAAUUUAGCCCAGUGGGCCUGCUUAUGGAAAUAAGGACUGCAGUAUUGCUGUAAAACAAGACUUACUGUAGGAUGGAGAUGUUCUGUUCAUGGAACAUUUUGAAAGCAAGACCUUAGAAUAACUACAGGGAUUUAAGAUGUGUUCAGAAAAUCAGGAUUUAUGCUGUACAUUUCGUGUUCUGUUUUUAUAAAGUCUAUUUCUUUGCUUUUAUUUUAAAUUAAAGGUUCUCAUCCAUCCCUUCAUUACACUGACCGUAGGUGCCAGGAGUCAGCUUUUCCUGCCAUGAACUGCUUUCAGUACAAAAGGACAGAUUUUAUCUUCCUCCAGUAAAAUCCAUGGAAGGGAAGAGGGAGGAGAAGGGGAUCAUGGAAAUAGAAGAGUUCUCUAGAAACUUUAGAGCAGGGGUGGGUAGUAAAUUAGUUUUUGCUAUGGUAUAAAUUUCUCGGUCAAGGUCCAGACUCCAGAGAAAAUAAUAAAAAUAAUAGCAAUAAUAAGUAAAUAAAAAGAUUUCGGGGUCCGUUUAAAAGUAUCUGGCGGUCUGGAUUUGGCCCGCGGGCCACCUGUUGGUUACCCCUGCUUUAGAGGCACUACACUUCAAAAGUCACUAAAUUUCUGUGCCUCCAUUCCGCAUCUGUAACAGGGUUAAUAAAAUCUCUGUGUCUUGCAGGACAGUUGUGAGGGUACAUUUAUUCAUGGUUGUGAGGCACUGUGAUGAGUACUUCAGAAAAGCCCAUAAAGAAACAGUCCUUAUUCAAUGCAGGGUUUAGAUGGUGUGCCAUAAUCGAGGCCUUAGGGACACACUGAAUGAUAAAACGGAGACCAAAGAGCUGCUUCAUUUGCUGAGUACCGUCAAACAUGCACCUCCUCAUAGUGCAAAGUUACAAAGAGCUAAAUUGCCUCAGGUACAGAUGUAAAUAAGCAGAAUAACUGGUUCUUAACAUAAAAGGUCAUUUGCCUUUUUAAAGCAGCCAUGUUACUGUUCGUCAUGACAGUCUGUCUUUUCUCAGAAUUACCCAUGACAAAUUAACUGUUUUAGAAUAACAAACACUGACAAUUUACAAAAGAUAGAUAUCCAAGUUCUGCCUGGGAAGUAUGCAGUCUGGAGCAUACUUAAUUGUGAAAGCAAAAUAUGCAUUUGUACAAGCAAAGGGUGAGGUACAACAUCGGUCUGGUCUAUACUAGAAAUUAGAUCAGUUUAACUAUGUCGGUCAGGAGUAUGAAAAAUCCACAACCCAAGUGGCGUUGUUAAGCCAACCUAAGUCCUCAUGUAGACAGCACUAUAUCAAUGGAAGAAUUCUUCUGUUAACCUAACUACUGCCUCUCAAGAAGGUGGAUUACCUAUGCCCAUAGGAGAACCCCUUUCAUGAGUGUAGGUAGUGUCUACAGUGAAGCGCUACAACUGCACAGAGAACAGGAGUACUUGUGGCACCUUAGAGACUAACCAAUUUAUUUGAGCAUGAGCUUUCGUGAGCUACAGCCCACUUCAUCGGAUGCAUACUGUGGAAAGUGUAGAAGAUCUUUUUAUACACACAAAGCAUGAAAAAAUACCUCCCCCCACCCCACUCUCCUGCUGGUAAUAGUUUAUCUAAAGUGAUCACUCUCCUUACAAUGUGUAUGAUAAUCAAGUUGGGCCGUUUCCAGCAUAAAUCCAGGGUUUAACAAGAACAUCUGGGGGGGGGGUAUAGGAAAAAACAAGGGGAAAUAGGUUACCUUGCAUAAUGACUUAGCCAUUCCCAGUCUCUAUUCAAGCCUAAGUUAAUUGUAUCCAAUUUGCAAAUUAAUUCCAAUUCAGCAGUCUCUCGUUGGAGUCUGUUUUCGAAGUUUUUUUGUUGAAGGAUAGUCACUUUGAGAUCAGAAAUCGAGUGACCAGAGAGAUUGAAGUGUUCUCCGACUGGUUUAUGAAUGUUAUAAUUCUUGACAUCUGAUUUGUGUCCAUUUAUUCUUUUACGUAGAGACUGUCCAGUUUGACCAAUGUACAUGGCAGAGGGGCAUUGCUGGCACAUGAUGGCAUAUAUCACAUUGGUGGAUGUGCAGGUGAACGAGCCUCUGAUAGUGUGGCUGAUGUUAUUAGGCCCUGUGAUGGUGUCUCCUGAAUAGAUAUGUGGGCACAGUUGGCAACGGGCUUUGCUGCAAGGAUAGGUUCCUGGGUUAGUGGUUCUGUUGUGUGGUGUGUGGUUGCUUCAGGUUGGGGGGCUGUCUGUAGACUGGCCUGUCUCCCAAGAUUUGUGAGAGUGAUGGGUCGUCCUUCAGGAUAGGUUGUAGAUCCUUGAUGAUGCGUUGGAGAGGUUUUAGUUGGGGGCUGAAGGUGACGGCUAGUGGCGUACUGUUGUUUUCUUUGUUGGGCCUGCCCUGUAGUAGGUGACUUCUGGGAACUCUUCUGGCUCUGUCAGUCUGUUUCUUCCCUUCUGCAGGUGGGGACUCUAGUUGGACAGCUGUGCCACUGGAGCAUGUUAAGUGUAGGCAAGCCCUUAAGCAUCUGAGAUGAAAUCCGGGCCCCACAGGAGAUAAUGAGGUUCGUUUUUGACUUCAGUGAGGCCAGGAUUUCAUGCCUACUCCCCCCAACCCCCACCUUUUCCCCCAACCCCCACUCAACAUUUACCGUACCAUUUUGUUAGGCACCUCCAAAGGUAUCUUACUAAGGCCUUUUGUGGGCCAUCCCUGGAGGCUCUCACAUUUAAAUUGAUAAUGUAUCUGGGAUCUGAAAGUAAAACAAUACCAAUGUAUUAGCUUUGGUGGGCCUGUUUUAGCUCUUAGCCUAGUGGCUUGGCUGAUAGCUGAUUGUUCUAGAACUUCUCUAGAACUUUUCAAUUUAAUGUUAUAGUACUAUCUUAGGAUUCUUGCUCCUCUGGUCAUGAGAAGUAAGGGUCAGUGCACACAGCCACUAUGAGCACCUCCAAGUAGCAACACAGGGAAAAAUCCACUGGGGCAGGGAUAUAAGAUCAGAGUAGAUGGUUAGAAGCAGAAUAAGCAGUAGGGAGUCCUGAUCUUCCCCACUAGUAUUGUCCUCAAUUGUAAACUGUUGGGAAAGCAAAGGGAGGGAGAGCCCCAAUGAUCUGAUUCAACUGGCAUCUCUUUGCUGUGCAAAUGGAGUAUGUUUAAAAUAAAUGAAUACAUUUUUUUCCGCUGUCUAGUCUGAAUGAUUUGUACAUAGUCAGGGGGAUGUAGUCAAACUUUGAAAAACCAAUGACCGUAAGUAAUUCUCCAGAAACAUAAUAGCACAGAACUGAUAUUAAACCGUGUAUAUAGUUUGAUAAUCUCUGUA